AAAUUAAAUUAUUUUACAAGCAAAGCGACAGAUAUCGUCAUCUUCACCAACAAAAGAUCUGCAGGGUCUUGAACCUAUUCGCUCAGAAAGAAAAAAGGAUAAGACAGAAAGAGAGGACGCCAUCGCCAUGGGACAGGUCUUAAACAAAUUUCACGGUAAGCAAUGGAGGGAGAAACAAAUAAGAAAUAUAACAGAUAAGGUGUUUGAUCGUGUCAAGAAUCAGACUGGAAGAGCUGCUUUGACUUUUGAAGACCUAUAUAUAGCUGUGCUACUUGUGUACAAUGAUAUUAAUAAGCGUUUGCCUGGUCCACAUUUUGAUCCACCUUCUAAAGAGCAAGUCAGAAAUAUGAUUCAGGAGUGUGAUGUGAACCUGGAUGGAGAAAUAGACCGUGAAGAAUUUGUGAGAUUUAUUCAGCAGCUUACAUCUGACACUUUCAUCGUGGUUAGUCAGGGACUGCUCAUCUCUUUGGUUGUGGCACCUACAGUUGCAAUGGCAACAAAGAAGGCUACUGAGGGUGUCCCAGGAGUUGGAAAAGUGGUGCAGAAGUUACCUACUUCAAUAUACGCAUCCCUUGUGACCCUUGCUGUUGUGUGGUUCCAGAGUUCAUGCCAGGAGAUUUAGAACUCUCUUAUCUGUUGGAUUAUAUCCCUUACUUUGCUUGUAUAUAAGAUUAACUGUUUUUAGUGUUGCCUGUAACAUGGCAUGUUUGCAUAUUUGCUUUGCCACAUAAGGGUGGUUACUUGCUGCCUUAUAAUAGAAUUUUAUACCUGUCAACUCGGAGGGAAUAAGAUGGCCUUUUAUGUGCAGAUAUAAUAGGAAUCGGGACAGAUGAGACCUGUUGUUCU